GCCGCUGCUGGCGCGUGAGGAGCAGCAGGAGUUGUGUGCAGCAUGUCAUCCUGCCGCCGUGCGUGAAGCAUCUGCGCGCGGACAGAUUCAGACUCUUCAGAUCGUUUCACAGCAAACAUCCGGUCUGCACGCACCUCCUCCUCUCCCCAGCACAGGAGCCACUGCUGAGAAGACACGGAUUUUAUCUGCACACCGAGACACCGAGAGAGCGUCCGAUCCGCCCAGCAGAGAUGGCAAAGGCAGACCAGCGUUUCGGCCAGCGGGAUGGCUCUGACCAGAACUUCGACUACAUGUUCAAGCUGCUGAUCAUCGGCAACAGCAGCGUGGGGAAGACGUCCUUCCUGUUCCGCUACGCCGACGACUCCUUCAGCAACUCCUUCGUCAGCACCGUGGGCAUUGACUUCAAAGUGAAAACGGUGUAUCGCAACGACAAGAGGAUCAAGCUGCAGAUCUGGGACACGGCCGGUCAGGAGCGUUAUCGCACCAUCACCACAGCCUACUACCGCGGUGCCAUGGGCUUCAUUCUCAUGUAUGACAUCACCAACGAGGAAUCCUUCAACGCCGUCCAGGACUGGGCCACGCAGAUUAAGACGUACUCGUGGGAUAACGCCCAGGUGAUCAUGGUGGGCAACAAGUGCGACAUGGACGAGGAGAGAGUGGUACCCCCUGAGAAGGGAAAACACCUGGCUGAUCAGCUAGGCUUCGAGUACUACGAGGCAAGCGCCAAAGAGAACAUCAAUGUGCGGCAGGUGUUCGAGCGCUUGGUGGACAUCAUCUGUGUGAAGAUGUCGGAGCGUGUGGACGUAGAGGCGCCGGCAGCUCCUGGUUCCAAGACCACCAGACUGACCGACAAACCUGCCCAGCUACCUCAGAAGUGCUGCUGAUCGUCUGUCAUACCCCAAGCUCUCAAAAUAAGAAAAAGAAAAAAA